AAAUAUGGGUGUUUUCCUUAUUUCAUUUCCUAAAGUCCCACUAUUAUUAUUAUUUAUGUCAUUCAUCAAUUUAUGCAUGUUUGAGCUUGCACUAGCGGGCACCACCAGGCACUACCAUUUUGAUAUAACGUACAAAAAUGUGACACGACUAUGCCAUACAAAGAGCAUAGUGACAGUGAAUGCUCAAUUUCCAGGACCUCGCAUUGUAGCUAGGGAGGGAGACCAUAUUCUGAUAAAAGUUAUUAACAAUGUGCAGAACAACAUUUCCAUCCAUUGGCAUGGCAUUCGACAGCUUCAAACAGGUUGGGCUGAUGGACCAGCAUAUGUAACUCAAUGUCCAAUCCAAACAGGUCAAAGUUAUGUUUACAAUUACACCAUUACUGGGCAGAGAGGAACUCUGUUUUGGCAUGCUCACAUAUCAUGGUUAAGAUCAACUCUCUAUGGUCCUCUCAUUAUUCUUCCAAAGAAAGGUGCUCGGUAUCCUUUCGCAAAACCCCAUAAGGAAGUCCCUAUAAUAUUUGGAGAAUGGUGGAAUGCGGAUCCUGAGGCAGUGAUAAGUCAAGCUUUGCAAAGCGGCGGAGGACCAAAUGUGUCUGAUGCCUACACAAUGAAUGGACUUCCAGGGCCAUUAUAUAACUGCUCUGCCAAAGAUACAUUCAAAUUGAAGGUGAAGGCGAGGAAGAUUUACCUUUUGCGAUUGAUCAAUGCUGCGCUCAACGAUCAGCUCUUCUUCAGCAUUGCAAAUCACACUCUCACAGUUGUUGAAGUAGAUGCUGUUUAUGUAAAGCCAUUUUCAACAAACACAAUACUAAUUGCCCCAGGUCAAACCACUAACGUUCUUCUGAAGACUAAGUCACAUUACCCCAAUGCCACUUUCUUAAUGAUGGCUAGACCAUACGCAACCGGCUUAGGAACCUUUGACAAUUCAACCGUCGCCGGCGUAUUGGAAUACAAAACCCCACCCAAUACUCAUCGUUCAAAUUCAACUGUUUCAUUGAAGAACCUUCCGCUCCUAAAACCUGUCCUGCCAGCGCUUAGCGACACUUCUUUUGCAACAAAAUUUACCAACAAACUCCGCAGUCUCGCAAGCGCUGAGUUCCCAGCUAAUGUCCCCAAGAAAGUGGAUAGACACUUUUUCUUCACAGUUGGGCUCGGUACAAAUCCGUGCGAGAAGAACCAAACAUGUCAAGGGCCUAAUGGGACGAAAUUCUCUGCAUCGGUGAACAAUGUGUCUUUUGCACUUCCCGACACCGCGCUUCUCCAAUCUUAUUUCUUUAGACAAUCCAAUGGUGUUUACACCGCAGACUUCCCAACAAGUCCCUUGAAUCCGUUCAACUACACCGGCGCGCCGCCGAACAACACGAUAGUGAACAGUGGGACAAAGAUGGUGGUUAUUCCGUACAACACGAGCGUGGAGGUAGUCAUGCAGGACACCAGCAUUCUUGGUGCGGAAAAUCACCCUCUCCAUUUGCAUGGCUUUAACUUCUUUGUUGUUGGCCAAGGUUUUGGUAACUUCGAUCCAAAAAUCGAUCCUGCAAACUUCAAUCUUCUUGAUCCUGUUGAAAGGAACACAGUUGGUGUUCCAUCUGGUGGAUGGGUUGCUAUACGAUUCCUUGCGGAUAAUCCAGGGUUAUGGUUCAUGCAUUGUCACCUGGAAGUGCAUACGAGCUGGGGUUUAAGAAUGGCGUGGGUUGUCUUGGAUGGAAAGCUCACAAAUCAGAAACUGCUUCCACCACCCUUCGAUCUUCCAAAGUGCUAAAUUCAUGCUGACUUUUUUUUUCGUUAAUUGUUUCAACAUUC